AUGAGCAGCAGAAUAUAUGAGGUAAUCAAGGAGGAAGGGAGUUUGGAGGAACAAAUCAAGAAGAUAUUGAAGAUGGGAGUCCUGGCGGACUCCUCUGAGAUUCUGGCGUAUUUCUUGAGGAAGACCAUGGAUGUAUUUAAGGAAGAUCCCUCCAUCCAUCACUACCUGCUUAACAGAAUUCCCUCGGAGCUCAUCACAAGAUUUGUUCCGGGCCUCCUAUCCUUUUACUUCAGCCUCUUGAAGGACCAGAAAACCAACAGAAGAACAGAAAGGAUGGUAAUCGAUUCAAUAAAGCAUGUACUGGAAUCUGCAGCUCGGCUGAAUGACGUUGCAGAGGCCCGAAUACAUGAAUUCUUCUACUUUCGCCGAGGUCCUAUGUUUGAAGAGAUCUAUAAAAUAUGUGCACAGAAGUUUAAGACAUCUAGAAGAGUGUUUUUUAUCUCCGAGCUCCUUCUUCUUGGAUAUCCGCUGGAGGACAGCGACUAUGAUGCCAUUAACGAGGGUAUUGAGGAGAUAUUUUCUCUGGAACUGAUCAGAAAACUCCUAGAUAGAGAAAAGUACAGGAACAAUGAAGAGAUAUUUGAAAAGCUUAUCCAGAUGUACAAAAAAGGAGAGGAUGUUUCGGAUAUAAUACUCCGAAUCCAGGAAACAUGUGGGGUUGUCUGUAGAGUGCCGGAGCUAUGUGUGGUAAAUAAAGAGACUACAAGAACAGUGCUCGACACAAACGACCUGAGAAAAAUCGAAAUGUUUCUUCGAAAUGCUACUGAUGUCCCUCUUCAUGUCGAGGUGAUUGGAAAGUAUCUAGAGUUAUGUGAUUCUCCAAAGCAGGUUCUUGGGAGUGAUGUCUGGAAGAGACUUAAUGUCCGAAAAGUGGUGUCUGAGAAUUACGACGAACUUCUUGAAUAUGCAUUCAACAAGCUGAAAACAAGCCCUAGGAUUCUGAUCAACCUAAUAGGAAUCGAGUUCAGGCCAAAGCUGGAGGACUUUAUUCUCCAGUCAAUUGAAUUUGUCAGUAGGUGUUCAGAUGCAAAGGACUUGAGUCUGUAUUUGUAUUUCUUGAAAGUUGUUGUGGAAAAGAACUUUCUAAGAAGAUCAAUCCUCAGGAGGAUAUUUGACGGACUGAUAUAUUUAGAUAACGAAGACUAUAGGGUCAGGUGUAUGAAAUACGAGGUGCUUGGUGAGUUAUUUGUACAGUAUUCUCUACUAGACAAGGCCAUAGAACACAGCAGACAUUUGAAUGAAUCACAGAAAACAUGGAAUGUAGAAUGCACAUGUUCGAUUCCAGAGAACAUUUUUGAGAGGGUAGACACAAGAGACGUGGAUGAAGACAAUGUAAAUGUACUUGCAGCGAUUGCAUGGGAUGAGCUAACCAUCGUCCCUGCUGAGGGAGAGCUUAUGGCUGUUUCUGUUUUUCUUAAGAAGAUCAUAGACAGCACAGGGAUGUUCUAUGAGAAUAGGAUUUCCAAAUCAAAUUUUAUUCUCCACCUUGUGGAUUUGCAUGGAAUAUCAAGAUUUAAUGAAACCAAGAGAAGAUUAAUGGAUGAGUUCUUCCAAUUGCUUGGAAGCAUAGUAAGAUUCAGUCUCUCAAAGAAGCUUCUUUCAAAAAUGUUCUUGAUCUCCCUAGACUAUUUUCACAUCUUUGACACUAGCUGCCUGAUCCGGUCCAUCGUAAGAAACGACAGAUAUUACUGCCUGUUCAUUUUUUACAAUCUGGCCAAGAACAAGGAGAAGACAUUGUCAAAGAAGCUCUUGGAAUUUCUGAAGAAAAGCUUGAGAGAAUCCCAGGAAUCGUAA